AUGAGGCUCGCUGACUGGCUCGACGAUCUCACCGUGCGCUUCCUGCUCAACCUGCCGCCUGAUGAGCUCAGCAGCGUGCCGCGACUUUGCUUCCAGGUCGAGGAGGCGCAAUGGUUCUACGAAGAUUUUAUUAGGCCCGCGAACCCGCAGCUGCCCUCGCUCAACUUGCGUGAGUUCUGUAUGGUCCUCUUCCGGCAUUGCCCGCUGCUCAGUGGCUAUAAUGUCGCCCAACACACCGCUGCAUAUGAGGAAUUCCUGUCAUACAAAGUCCGUGUGCCUGUGCGCGGAGCCAUCUUGAUGGACGACAGCAUGGACAAGGUGCUCUUGGUCCGAGGCUGGAAGAAAGGAGCUAGCUGGAGCUUCCCCCGAGGCAAGAUCAACAAAGACGAGGAUGACCUGGACUGCGCCGCUCGGGAAGUGUACGAAGAAACAGGCUUCGAUGUGAAGGCGGCGGGAUUAGUAGAGUCAAACCAGCAAGGCGAUGGUAAAGUUAAGUCCAUUACUGUCACGAUGCGCGAGCAGCAAAUGCAACUGUUCCUUUUCCGUGGUGUGUCCCUGGACACCUACUUUGAGCCCAGGACCAGGAAGGAGAUUAGCAAAAUCCAGUGGUAUAAUGUGAGAGAUCUACCGGGCUACAAGAAGCAGAAAGGCGUGACGGGCCAUGGACAGGGCGCUGCGCAAACUAGCAAGUUCUAUAUGGUUGCACCUUUCAUGGGUCCGCUGAAGAAAUGGAUC